UUUUCCUUCUUUUCUUCAGCAGUUUCAGCGUGUGGCCAAAGCAGUUUCCUUUUGCUGGGGAACCUCGAAUUUUCAGCAAAACUAUUCAAGGAAAUUCAUAAGUUGGUUAAAUAAGAUACAGAACGUCCAAAAAGCACUAGGCAUUAGCUGGUUUUAAAUACGGUAUGAUCAGUAGGGACUGAUCAAGGAAAUGUGAUUGGCUCUCCACGUUUUAUUGCUAUCUAUGGUAAUGUGAUAUCGAAAUGAGAGAGCGUAUGAACAGUAGGGAAAGAUAUCAAACAGUCACGGCUCUAUUUAGCACGGGGCAGAUGGCUUCUGUGAUUUCUGCUGCUCAACAGACGCCUAUAAGCUGAAUAUUGGACUUUAAGUAAAGGGUUAUCACACGGAACGACGGUACGCAGCAUUCAAAACACAACCAAUUCACCUUGUCUUCAUCUUGUCUUCAUCUUGUUGAUCGGCAGAGACGGAAAACAUCUCCUGCGUGACACUAUCUAUUUGCGUAGACAAACAACGAAAAUCCUUCCUUUUGUAUUGCUGUGUUUCUAAAGAUAAAGGAUAUUUUUCACACCGAAUUCGCCUCUUUACUAUAUAAUCAGUGGUCUAUGGUUCACAGGGCGGCCCAACUACGUACACCAAGGUGAGUUAGUGUCUCUAUCUUAAUUCGAUAUCUACGGCUUUGCUGAAUAACACAGAAAAAUAAUUGGUCUACAAGGGUCCCGAAGUAUCAGUGCUUGGGAUUAGAAUUUAUUUAAAUGGAGGAGACGGACUAUACUAAUGAAAUUGUAAAUAAAUAUACUACAUCAUCGAGCCCGAAUUAUUUUGUAAGCGUAACUCAUCAAAGGUUGCCCGAUCGUUUGGCCUCCUUGAAGGCUCAUGUCUUUUCAGGCAAUGCAAACAGUUUACCAACGUCAGGCCCUGAACAAACCAAUUGCUUUAUGGGCAGCAAGAUAUUCUCAUCACACGGCAUGACUCCUCCCUCGAACAUCAGUCUUGCUUCCAGAGGGAAUUCGAAAUUUGGAGUCUACAAUGCGGGCGCCAUAAAUACUGUCUCUUUGAAGCAAGAAAAAAACUCUACCGAGAAAAGAACAGACCUUCAAGCUACGGUUAAAUCUAAUUUGUGCGAAGAAAAUACUCAUUUAGACCAUAAAAAUUCAGAAUAUGGGUCAGACGUAGAUCAAAACAACUCGAAUAGUAUUGGUAAUGCAACAAACGCUACGGGCAACGUUGAAAAUAAUGCUGAAAGUGUAAAGAACGUACGGCGAAAACCUCCUUUGGAACGUAAAAUAACACCGAUAGUUGUUGUGACUCCAGCUAGCGAUCAAACUUUAGAUUCAUCCGAUAUGGAUUCAAAGAUAGUAGGGACUUCGAACGGGGAUGUAGAUGGAGUGUAUGGACUUAAUGAUUGCAUAGAUAGCUGCUCACUAUCGAGCGUUUGUUCUGAAGACCAGAAGUCCGAAGAUGACGGGAUUCUCACAGAUGAUGAUCCAUCGGAGAGCGAUAGUGCAUCGCAAGUCGAAGAAAAUGUGGAAAAACGUGGAGUUCACUGGAAAAAGAUUCGUCGUAUGAUUCAGUGGUCACCCUUUGUACAAAACUUCAAAAAGAAAUAUCCAUGGGUGCAGCUGGCUGGACACCAAGGGAGUUUCAAAGCAGGUGAGAAUGGAACAAUUCUAAAGAAGACAUCUGACAAAGAAAAGGAUUGCCUAAUCAUAUUAAUGAAAGACAUCCUCAGACCUUAUGUUCCAGAGUAUCGAAGGGAGGUGGAAAGAAAUGGAGAAAAAUAUAUUGAAAUGCAAGAUCUUUUACAAGAUUUUGACAAUCCUUGCGUUAUGGACUGUAAGAUGGGUGUUAGAACAUACUUGGAAGAAGACCUUGCAAAGUCAAAAUCUAAAGCUCGAAAGGACUUGUACCAAAAGAUGGUAGAAGUUGAUCCAAACGAACCAACAGAAACUGAAAAUAAGAACAAAGCUAUAACCAAACCCCGUUACAUGCAGUGGAGAGAACGACUCAGCUCAUCUGCUACAUUGGGAUUCAGAAUUGAAGGGAUAAAGAAAGGUGAUCAGAAACCAAACAAAGAUUUCAAGAAAACCAAAACAGCAGAUGAUGUGGCAAAGGUUUUUACAGAGUAUAUUGAAAAUGACCCACAAAUAAGAACAAAAUACCUCAAACGACUCAAGGCUAUCAGAGCGACGCUUGAAGCUUCUAAAUUUUUAAAGUCUCAUGAGGUCAUUGGAAGCUCCUUAUUGUUUGUUCAUGACUCCAAGGGCCGUGCAAGUGUCUGGAUGAUUGAUUUCGGGAAGACUGUUCCAUUACCCGAAGGGUAUACCAUAGAUCAUAGAUCAGAAUGGAAGGAGGGUAACCAUGAGGAUGGUUAUCUACGGGGACUAGAUACCAUGAUAGAUAUAUGGACACCUACAUGAUAGUAAUGUAUUACACAAUGCUUGAAAUAAGCCUAAAAGUAUAUGUUCAUUUCAACAGAAGUAUUCUAUCGUAUAAUCCCUAGAUCAUGGGGGGAAAUUGCUUUGGCAUAUAGCAGACAAUUAUGGAAAACUUUAUAAGUACAAAUAAGGAUCCCAUAUCAUGAAAUCUUUCUUUCUAAAGACCGAUUUGCUAGUCUCCUACAAAGCCGCUAUUAGUGUUGUCACACAACACUACUUAGGGGAGUGAGUUUGCGGGAUGUCACUAAUAACGGCUGCUUAGGAGUCUUCCAAUUUGCAUGAAACAAUCUUUCCUCACAACUAUUGCACAUAACAUGCUUUUGCCAGGUUUCAGCUGCCGUAAACAAGUUGGAUGUUGUAUGGUCGAUUUACAUGAAGCUAUUGGUGUCAUCAGCGCAUGAUAUUGUGAAGAAAGAUCAGGCCAUGUGAAUUGAUCUUAAAAAUCUUUAUGUGCAUUGCGAGAGAAAGGUUUUAUAUGAAUGGGAGAUACUAUGAUAUAGCUUUUAAAUGGCUUCUGUGCACUGUGAUUGGAUUGAGUGGAUUUUGAUUCACAGUGCAAUCCAUUUGAUGUAUGUCAGCAUUCACAGCAACAUUUAUUUUCAGAUUCUUUUCAAGUAAAGCAAUAAUUUUUAUUAUUAAUGCAAUGUAUUACAGCACAAUCUACAAAAGUAUGACUACAUUUUAAUUUAUUCACAGGGUCUUCUAUUCACAGGAUUUUUUAAGUUAAACUUACAGAUUUUGAUGCAAAGCUGGCUGGUUUUAACAAAUAAGGCAUGGAGAGUAUAGAAAUAUGCAAAUACAUUAAACGUAGUCAUACUUUUACGCAACACACUGUAACUGUUUUCCAUAAUCAAUUCUUUGGUCAGACACAUACAAAGCUUAGGCCUUGUUUAAAUUUGAUAUAAACAGGCUACAUUCUGGUCUAGCUUGCGUACAUCCAAGCAACACAUAAUAAACCAUGGUGAAUAGCUAGUUUAUGAUGAAGUUAGACUACAAUGCAUCAUAUUUACUAUUUCCGAAUCGGAUAACAUUUAAUCGAUUGUUAAUUAGAGGUUCAAAUUUAAACAAUUUGGCCAAGAAUUGAUGUAAUCGAAAAAUACUGCCAAGAAAAGUUGACGUCAUGCUGAGUGCCAAUAUACCCUGCUUCUAAUAUCAUUAAUGUCAAUCUUAACAAUCACAAUACCAAUUAUUCAAUUGAAUACAUUUAACUUAAGAAAAUCAGAAUUUUAAUCUUCAAACGAUUUUAGACUAAGCUGUACUAAGAUAUUGUAACUGAUAACUGGAAAUUUAGGUUGUAAGAGCUGCAGUGUUGUAAUGAAUUUUAUUGUAUAUUAUUAAGAUAUCCAACUGAUUAUUAGCAAUAUAUUUAUGUAUCAUCAAUUUGAUUAUAAUUACAUUAUUUUGUAUGGAUAUUGGUGUAUGAAAAAAUGUUGAUUCAAUAAGGGGGAAACCAUAUUGUGCAUGCUUUGUGCAUCUUCUUUUCCCUUAGUACUUGAGUACAUUUAAAGUAUACAUUUAGCUGAGCAUUUGUUAAUCCGUCUCACCCCAGGUGACUCCAUGACUAAGAGUGGAAUGAAAUGGAAUGGAAAAGGUAAAAACAAAGGAAUGGCAAAAUUCUCCAAAACUAUGCAUCUAGUUUUUCAACCAUAUAGGAUUGACUAAUCAGAAGUUAAAAAUGAUUCAUGAAUAAAAGGUUUUUUGGGACAAUUUUUUAAAAUGAAACACAGAAAAAUAGACAGGUGUACUGGGCUGGGGUAAAUAGUUCUUYGAGACAUACAGAGGUAUUUCUUCUAAAAACAAACACGUAUACAGAAAGACAGACAGAAAACCUCUCCUGGAAGCAGUAUUUUAAGCAGUUUUUUUCAAACAAAGGUUUAGAGGUAGAAUCUAUCCCAAGAGUGCAAAGAAUAAAAUCCUCUCCAAAAUGAACUAAUGAGAAGAUAAUAAUGAUAUAUGUAAAUUGAUGGUUUUCAACCAUUCCCAAGAGAAGUAAAUAACAGAAGACUAGGCGGCCAUGUUGGAGGAUAUAACAAAAGAAUUCAUUGACAAUUCUUUUAAGUUCCUCCAACAUGGCCGCCUUGAAAACCAUCAAUAGAGAAGUGAAUGAGUAUAACAAACUACUGCACUUAUUUUGUAAUAAAAAUAGAUUCUAAAAUGA